AUGUCACAAGAGCCGGAGAUGAAUUCUGCUGCUCUGAGUGCUGCUAAAUUGCAGCUUCGUUCCUUAAUGAAGCAGCGACUCGCAACCCUCUCGCAAGAAUCCAUCUUAUCCCAGAGCACAAGAGUCUUCGAUUCGUUAUGCACAUUCAAACCGUACGUUGAUGCGAAGAGAGUAGCGGUCUACCUAUCUAUGCCUGGUGGAGAAAUCCAGACGGAUCCUAUUGUUAGGCAUGCUUUAUCUUCGGGCAAGCAGGUAUUCGUGCCUUACUUACACAGAUCCGGCUUACAACCAAAUGAUGGACCGACGAGACUUAUGGACAUGGUAAGUCUGAAAGACGUCGAAGACUACGAGUCUCUAAAACGAGACAAGUGGGGCAUUCCGAGUAUUGACGCCUCUACGGUGCAUGAAAGAAAACGAAGUGUGGGUGAGCUUGAUGGGAAAAGAUCUGAGGAUAUCUCGCUGGAUUUAAUCCUUAUGCCCGGUGUUGCCUUCGAUGUCGACCCACAAUCUAAAGUCAUCCGAAGGCUAGGUCAUGGCAAGGGUUUCUACGACUAUUUUCUCCAUCGAUAUGCAUUGGCUGCUUCACCCGAAGAAAAGACACGGAAUGGUCGACCAGCUGUAUUGUUAUAUGCUCUAGCUUUGAAGGAACAACUUCUCUCCCCGUCUUCGGGAGAAUCUGUUCCGGUUGGACCCCAUGAUCAACCAAUAGAUGGCCUCUUUCUCGGAGAUGGCCAAAUCAAAGAGUCUGCGAAUAACAGCCACGCAAACUAA